AUUCGCACUCACCGCCUGCGGUCACACUCGGCCACUGACCUGUUAUCAACAAGAACUCUGCCACUUUUGCCUUGUUUUAGUUAAACUUUUGGGCCUUGAUCCCAAAUACCGGUGACUCCAGGUGACCCCCACUGGCCAUGCCCGAUGAGACGCAGGAUUCCAAGGCGCAGAAGUUGGCCGCAGCGAGGAGAAAGCUGAAGGAAUACCAGCAGCGCAACAACAACAAUAAUGGACAGUCGGGAGCCGCAGCAGCCGAGGAGGCGGUGUCGCAAUCGCACUCGCACUCCUCCACCGUCAGCAUAGCCAGCAACUUGUCCGAGCGCUCCGACAGCGAGCCAAAUGUGAAUGGCAGCGGUGGAUCCGGUAUUGUUGGCUUUCAGCAGCCGGAUCCACCCGCAGUCCUGCCCACAGCGGCAUCUUUUUUCACCCAGAGCGAGCCGGAGGCGCCGCACAAUGGUGGCCUUAUAGCCGCUGCCGACCCCUCCAACCUGCAGGCCAUUCAGGUAAUCAUUGCGGAGAAGGCCCAGCUAAAUGCGGAGCUCACCAAAGUUCGUCUGGCCUGUCGCGAGCGUGACCUGGAGCUGGAGGAGCUGCGCACCCUCAAGGAGCAGACCCAGCAGCGCCUCGAGCAGGUGCAGCAGCACUGCCAGGAUCAGCAGUCCGCCGGUGAGCAGCAGCGCCAGCAGUACGGUCAACUGGAACGCCAACUGCAAAAGUCGCAGGCACAAAUCCGGGAUCAGCAGUCCCACCUCCACGAGCUGGAGGCCCAGCUAAAGCAGAGCAACCUGCGACAGGACGAAUUGCAGCAGCAGCUGUCCACGAAAUCGAAUGAGCUGGAAAUGGCCCAGCUAAAGCUGCGCCAACUCUCCGACGAAUCCAGCAUCAGCGCGGACAACCGUGUGGAGUCGCUGGUUCAGACCCAGUACAUGUACGAGCAGCAGAUCCGCGACCUCCAAGCCAUGGUCGGUCAGCUGACGCAGGACAAGGAGCAGGCGGGGGCGCAGUACCAGAACUACGUGCAACACCAGAGCAGUGAGAUAGCCAAGCUCAAUGAGCGCAACACGGAGCUCGCCGAGGAGCUCAACUCUCUGAGAGAGCGCGAGCGCCAGCUGGUGGAGCAUGUGAGCGGCCUGGAACGGGACAUACAGAAGAACCUGAGCCUGCAGGCGCAGUUCAAGGAGGCGGUCAGCCAAGAGCAGCCGUUGCCCAAGGAGGAGCAAACAAGCGACGAGCAGAUCGCUUUGCAGGCAGAACUGGCUUCGUUGAAGGAGCGCCUCUCCGACCUCGAUUUCGAGCGUCAUGAAUUCCAGCUGAAGAUCAAGUCGCAGGACGACCAGCUGCAGCUGAAGGAGUCCGCUCUAGGCGAACUGGAGCAGCAGCUCGAACGCCUGCAAGCCGUGCAGCCGGAUCAGACCAAGCUCCUAGCCACCAUGGAGUCCGACAAGGUGGCCGCCUCCCGUGCCCUCAGCCAGAACGUGGAGAUGAAGCAGCAGCUGGACGAGCUGCAGCAGCGAUUCGUUCAGUUGACCAACGACAAGGCCGAGCUGGUCAUCCGCCUGGAUGCCGAGGAGUUUGCCAAUCGCGAGAUACGCCAGAACUAUGCAAGCAUGGAGCAAAAGCUGCAGGCCACCGAGGAGCGCUUUACGUUCAAGGACGAGGAGAUGAUCCGGCUGUCGCACGAGAACGUGGAACUGCAGCGCCAGCAGUUGAUGCUGCAACAGCAGCUGGACCGCCUGCAGCAUUACGAGGCCAAGGCUUACCACAACAGCCAGGAGAGCCAGGCAGGCGAGACACUAGAAAAUGAUGCUGAAAAAGAGCAUAAUCACGAUCACAACGACCAUGGGGAUCAUUCCGGCCAUUCACACGACCACUCACAUGAUCAUGCCGGCCAUUCACACGACCACUCAAAUGAGCAUUCCCACGAGCACUCCCAUUCGCAUUCGCAGGAACCCAACCACGGGCACAAUCAUUCACAUGAUACCAACCACAGACCUUCGACAGCUGGCGGCAGCCUGCCGACUGCCGAGGCCGUGGAGCGUCUGCAAUCGCGCUUCACCACACUGAUCAGCCAGGUGGCCGACCUGACCGAGGAGAAGCACAGCCUGGAACACCUGGUCCUGCAGCUGCAGAGCGAAACGGAGACCAUUGGAGAAUAUAUCGCCCUGUACCAAACGCAGCGACGCAUGCUCAAGCAGCGCGAGUACGAGAAGGCCGCCCAAAUGCGCCUUCUCCAAGCAGAGCGCGAACAGUUGCGCGAGAAAAUCGAGGCGCUGAACAAGUUGGUGAGCAGCCUGGGCGUGGAGCCGCCAACACCAACAGGUCCCGGCCAGACCCUUCAGCCACACGAAGCGGCAGCAGCAGCAGCAGAUUCUCCCGUCGCCGACGAAGGCGAAAACUCGCAGCAGAUCAUUAACAAGAUACAGGACAUCAUCAGCGAGAUCAAGGAGAAUACGGAGCAGCCGACACACAGCCAUUCCCAUGCCGGCGACCAUCUCAACUGCUGCCUGGGCAAGUUCGAGGUGGUCUGAAAAGUCCACAGACUGCUCGCCAAGUGCAAUUAUCGCCUGCUUACGUAUAUCCAUUAAUCAUUUUUGCUACUGUAUUUAAAUUUGUAAUUUGUAAACAGCUUUCCCCGCGUCUUUUGUAAAUGUUUCCAGCGCAUUGUGUCCGCGAGUGAACCUAGUUUGUGCAUCUGAGAGGAAUCUACAACUUGGACCCCCAACUAAAACGUAUUAUUAAACAAUCGACAUGA